AAGUGGAUAGACUUUUCCAAAAUGUGCAAUUCAAACCAGGAAUAUUACUUGAAGCUAGAAGAGCUGAAGAAUGCUCACUUGGAGACCAUGGCAAAAUUAGAAAGCAUGUAUCGGAAUAAACUGUAUUUAAAAGGAGUGCAACCCCUAGAGGAAAAGAAAAAUGUUCCUUCUGCGUGUUGCAGGCCAACCUGGCAGAAGAGCUCAUAUCAGCCUCUAAAUUUGCACAAAUCCUUUUCAGACUCUGACUUAAGUGAUCUCUUAGGGUCAAGUGUUUCUGAUGGGUCUGAUGGAGAAUUAGCAUUGGAAGAAAGCAGUAGUGAAACUGGAUCAUCUGCAUUUGCUAAGCAACGGAUUGAAAAAAUGUGGGAUGGGUUUUCUGUGGAGGACUAUGUCCCCCGCACCAAACACAGCCUGCCAAGCUCCCCAGUCUUCAGAAUGAUACGGAAGAAACAGAAAGCAUGGUCACCAAAAGUUACUGUGCCCAAACCUUUCCAGAUGACCAUCAGAGAAGCGAGAAAAAAAGAACAGAACCUCAAAUCAAAGUCACAGAUUGAAAUGGAAAAUAACUUAUUGAAAAAGCAACUAGAGGAAGAAGCAGAGUGUCAGAAAAAAUUCCGAGCCAACCCAGUGCCUGCUGCUAUCUUCCUUCCUCUCUACCAUGACAUUGUGCAACGAAAUGAGGAGCGCAGGAGGUCUGUGAGAGAGAGAAGCAAACUCAAGCUCUUGGCUUCUCAGAAGCCAUUUAAAUUCCUUGAACGCGAGAAGCAAAGGAGCGAAAUGAGGAAAAUGCAACUGAGAGACCUUUCCUCACCUGAAAAAAAACCCAAACUGUUCAAAGCCAAACCAGUUCCUAAAGGUAUUUAUAGUCCAGCUGUUAAUGACAGGCUACAGGAGGAAGAGCUCUACAGAGAAAUCAGGAUCAGAAUGAGAGCAGAAGAGCUGCUACGUAAUGCGUCUCUACCCAGCAGCAGACUGGCUUUAACAAACACCAAUACAAAGAAACACAAGUGCACGGACCCAAAAGAAACAGAACAGAAGCCCAAGAUCAGAUCAAGUGUUCCAGAUUUUGAACUGCUACACCAGAAGUUUCAGAAACGGCUCUUGCAACAAAAGCAAGUGAAACACCUGACAGUCUGUGAACCUUUUGAUCUUCGUACUCCCUAUAUUCCUUCAAACAAGGGGAAGAUUUUGAAGGACAUUCAAAAGGAUGAAGAAAAGUUGAAAGAAACACGCUGGCCAUAUACCUCUCCAAGGUGUAACCCUCAGAUGAGACAUUUGAAUUCACACCUCGCAGGAUUUGGGGAACCUAAAUCACCAAAAAGCACAGAAUCCACCCGACGGCGGCUACAAGCCAUAAGGAAUUCACUUGAGGAAAAGAGAAAGCUGGAAGAACAACAAAAACGGAACAGAACAAAGCAGAAACAAAGAAUGAAAAAAUUCCAGAAAAUUGUCACAGCUCGGGCUGAGGCCAAUGACCCACAUCAGAGCCUAGCUCAGAUGUCUAAAUCCAAAUUAAAAACAUUCAGGAAUUAUGACAAGCAGAGAAUGCAAGAAUAUUUGCAAGAGUUGCAAGAAAUGGAAGAAAGAGUAAAACAGAGACCAUUGCUUUUUGAAAGAGUUGCUCAGAAAAAUGCCAGAAUAGCUGCAGAAAAGCAUUAUUCUAACAGACUGAGAGCACUGGGGAUAUGCCCAGAGUUUGUUGCAAAGAAAGGACAAGCAACUAAAUUGCUACAAUGCUCCAGUGCUGAAGAUUUUAGUGACUCCACUGAUGCCAGAGAAAGAGUCAUCAGGGAGAAGGUGAAAGAAAGGGAAUCCUUUGAGGAAGCAGCUGACAGCAGUCUUCCAUCUGAGCAGUCCUGUGAGGAAGAGGAGGAGAGAGGGGAGAGAAAAGGUGUCAAAAGCUCCACCCAGGAUGGCCAGUCUGGUGAGCUGGAGGAUGAGGAAGAGGCAAGAGCCAGCCCUCGUGCUCAUCAGCCUUGCCAUGCAGGUGAGGCUGGCUCCAGCCCUGCCUCUGACCAGCAUGGUGAAGAGGAAGAGGAGGAGGAAGAGGAAGCAAAGGCAGGCCUGUCACCUGCUCAUUCCCAGGCAGAGGAGGAGGAGCAGUCAAGACCCAGCUCUCGGUCUGACCAGGCCCAUGAGCGUGAAGAGGAAGGUCAGUCUGACCCUGAAGCUGAGGGUGCCUACAGAUAUGAGGAUGAGGAGUAUGAAAGUGAUGACUCAGAAGAGAAAUCCAGCAGUGAUGAAGCUGACUGA